UUCCCUGCGCCGUCUCCUCUCGCGGUAACGCUACUAUACUGUUAGCUUGAUAGCUAACACCAUCGUUUCCAGGUUUCGUGUCGACCUGAAAAAAAGCGCAAACGAAGAGAGACACAGAAAAAGCUGCGCAGGCGAAUACUUUUUAAAGCCCGGCUGCACUGAGGAGCGGGACAAUGCCGCACAAUUUCCAGCCCGGAGACCUGGUCUUCGCUAAAAUGAAGGGGUACCCCCACUGGCCAGCCAGGAUUGAAGAUGUUGCUGAUGGAGCAGUGAAACCCCCUCCUAAUAAAAUCCCAAUUUUCUUCUUUGGGACACACGAAACAGCAUUUCUUGCAGCAAAGGACCUUUUUGCCUAUGAAAAGUACAGCGAACGCUAUGGAAAGCCCAACAAAAGGAAGGGAUUUAAUGAAGGUUUAUGGGAGAUCCAGAACAAUCCACACGCCUCUUACAGCGCCCCGCCUGUACCAGCAAGCUCAUCAGACAGCGAGGGCAACAAUGCCGGAGGAGGAAGCGAUGACGAUAAUGACGAAGAGGAAGAAGCCGCGGUGCCUCAGAAAGCAGACUCAGCAAGUGAGGUUGACUCAGAUUCUGGGAGUGAAGACCAAGGAAGGGCAGCAGCAGCAGCAGCAGCAGCAGUGAAGCGAAAGCCACCACCCGCCAAACGGCCUCCCCCUCCAAAAAAGGCUCGCGGCUCUUCCAGCGACCGAGAUGAAGAGGAGAGUGGAUCCCCCUCUGAAUCAGAACCCACACCUUCAGAGUCUGACUCUGGCAAGAAUAGUGACCAGGAUUUUACUCCAGAGAAGAAAUCUGGUGGUCGAGGUGGAAAGAAAGCAGGAGGCAGAGGGAAGAAAAAGAAGGCUUCGUCUGGCUCGGACUCAGACUCAGGGUCAGGGUCAGAGAAAAAAGUAGUGGACAGCGACUCAGAGGAUGAGAAACCUCGACCGGCUGUGUCUGGUUCUGAAUCCCACUCCGGCUCAAAAUCUGAUUCAGACUCUGAUCCACCUCCCAAGAAAGCCCCCCAACAGGCACGAAAGAAAGAGAAACCUGCACCAAAGCCUCGUGCACGGAAACCCAAACCUGCACCGGCAAAACGAGCACCUUCAUCCUCCUCCGACAGUGACAGUGACAGUGGCACCGACCGCAUCAGUGAAUGGAAGAAACGAGAUGAGGAACGCAGGCGAGAGCUGGAGGAGCGCCGGAAAAAGGAGGAGGCGGAGGAGCUCCGAAGGCUACGUGAGAGAGAGAAGGAAGAAGACGAGCAAAAGAAAAAAGACAAAGAUAACAAGGCUAAUAAAAAGGGGAGCGACAGUGACAGCAGCAGUAGCUCAGAUGAAGGUGUAGAAGAUCACCCAUUGAAGAAGUCCAAGAAACCCCCUCCACCUCCAAUCCCUGCACCCUCAGACUCUGAUUCUCCACCGCCAGCUGAGGCUAAGAAGUCAUCCAAGAAGCCUGACAACCAGAAGAAGGCAAAAAUAAAGAAGGAGAAGGAGAGAAAAGAAAGAAAGGAGAAGGAGCUAAAGGAAAAGAAAGCCAGGCGGUCAGAAGAGAAGUCCAGGGCGAGGCCCAAACCUGAAAAACCCAAACGCAAACCAGAGAGGCCGCCAGAGAAGAAAGUGGAAAAGAAGAAGGAGCCAACGCCAGAAGAAAAGCUACAGAAACUCCACACUGAUAUAAAGUUUGCACUCAAAGUGGACAACCCAGACAUAGACCGGUGUCUACAAGCCCUGGAUGAACUUGCAGCUGUGCCUGUCACCAGCCAGAUCCUCCAUAAGAACGCUGAAGUUAUUGCUACACUAAAAAAGAUUCGGCGAUAUAAAGCCAGCAAUGCAGUCAUGGAAAAAGCUAGUGAAGUCUACAACAAGUUAAAACUUCGUUUCGUGGGAAAGCCAGAGAUGCCAGUGAAACCUGAAGACAAGGAACCAGAAAAUAAUGAGGAGACACAGAACGCAGACUCCACUCCAGUGAAUGGGGAAUCAGAACAGAAAAAAGAUGACAUGGAGAUAGAUGAAAAUCCCAAAUCACCUGCCCACGAGGAGAAUAAUGAAGACACUGCUUCAAGUCCAAACAGACGGAGCCCAGAGAGCCCUGCUGAACAACAGCAUCACACGUAUGAAGAAGCGGACAACUCCAUCUCUGCAGAGACGGAACCACCUGCUAUAGAAAGCUGAAAGACCCUGAAUUGCCACUUCAGUGGACCAAGUGCUAAAGACGGUGGCCUCUUUGUUUGACGUCACAGUGCUCCAAGAUUGCAUCACACCCAGAGUUUCCUACAAUAUCUGUUACGUCAACGUUGAUGUUUUGGACCUUUUGUACUAUAAUGAUAUCAAACCUGAAGGCCCUGUUGCUCAAACCAUUUGGUCCAUUAUUUAUCACAGCAAAAAGGAAAGCUUAAUAGUGUGAUAGUUUGUGGCGCUGCGCAAACUCCUUUUACUCCUGAAAAUGUACUUUUUCUUUUAUACGACACUCGGCCCGUCCUGGAUCGUCACCCUGUACUCCUGCUACUGGCUACUUUGUUCUUUCUACCACAUGAACUCUUACUUUGGUCUUUCAUACAGUACAUAUAUUGAUUACAACGAACGAUUACAUUACUAGCACUUCUAACAGGAAUUCUUGCUGGGUUAGUAUGAGAUGAAACUUCGAUGAUUCUUGUGGGAAAACGGAGCCAUGCCGUUAACUUUUUUGCUUGGAAGAUUUUGUGGCUUCUUUUUUUUUAUAAAGCCUACAAAACAACACAAAGGCCUCUUGUCUGUGUGUAUGACAUUGUGAGAGUGGUAAAGUACUAUUUGUGAGUCUUUUAUGUUAAGUUUUCUUUUUUAUUAUUAUCUGGUCUUGAUCCAGUUAAUACAGUCUGAAAUGUAAAGCCAUUAAUUGAGUCACUUAAAACUGUUUUACAAUUGAGGUCCACCUACUUUUUUAUAGCCUUGUUUGCAAAUAUUUGCAUUUACAGUUUGUCUAAAAUAAUAAUUGCUGUGGAGUUAAACACCUUGCACUCUCGUCUCCCCAUAGUGUCUGCUUUCAGUGACCUGUGUAAUAAAUUGAAUAAUUGUACAGAUUGAAAACUGCCCUUAAAAGCUGUCGAGAUCUCAUGUAGCUGCAGCCUAUUUUUCUGUCAUAUGCAUACAACAGGUGUUUUUAGUGCUAUGUAAAUCGGUAAAGCAUUUCUAUCACUUAGUUGAGACUUGAAUAAAAAUCUCAGCAUGG